UCAGGCGUGAGCUGGUGCCUUUGCUGUGGCCUUGGCUGGGUGCUGUUGCGACUGUCAGGCCCACUGCUGCGGUCGGUACCUUUGCAGCCUGUGCUUGUGGUCUGAUCUGCUCAGGCCCCCGGCAGGGAGAGGUGGCCGUGUCUUCUUCCUGGAGGUGGCCAGAUCGCACGACCUCCAGGCAGUGCUCCUGCUCGGCAGCACCCACCUGCCUCUGCUUGAGAAAGCACAAACCGCCCUCUGGGGAAGCAGCCAGCUGGGGAGUGCUCUCGGCCUGUGACCCCGGGAGAGCUGGGUAGGUGGCCACAUGUCCUGCCCGGGCUCUGGGUGUGGCUGGUGGCAGAGGGUCUAUGAGGGAAGGGCAGGAGAAGGCAACCCCUAAGGCUAAUCUCUAGGGCUAAUCUGAAACUUAGGGCUGGGCAUGGUGGCUAAGCCUGUAAUCCCAGCACUUUGGGAGGCGGAGGCAGGUGGAUCAUGAGGUUAGGAGAUCGAGACCAUCCUGGAUAACAUGGUGAAACCCCGUCUCUACUAAAAAUACAAAAAAUUAGCCAGGUGUGGUGGCGGACACCUGUAGUCCCGGCUACUCGGGAGGCUAAGGCAGGAGAAUGGUGUGAACCCAGGAGGCGGAGCUUGCAGUGAGCCAAGAUAGCGCCACUGCACUCCAGCCUGGGAGACAGAGCAAUACUGUCUCAAAAAAAAAAAAAAAUUAAUAAUAAUAUUUUUAAAAAGUUACCUGGGCAGGGUGGUGUGCAGCUGUAGUCCUAGCUACUCAGGAGGCUGAGGCAGGAGGAUCGCUUGAGCCCGGGAGUCCAAGGCUGCAGUGAGCGUUGCUUGUGCCACUGCAUUCUGGCUUGGGGAACAGGGAGACCCUGUCUCAAAGAAAUUAAUUAAUCAUGCAGUUGAGUGGCAUUUAGUCCAUUCACAAUGCUGCAGCCGCCUCUCGCGUGUUCUGAAACAUUUGACCUAUUCACUGACUGACUGACUGCUCUGUCAGUGAGCUGUGAGGGGAGGUGACUCUGUGUGGGGCCCACACCCUCUGCCACCUGGUCCUGUAGACAGACUCUUCUGAGUGGAGGGGCAGAGCGGCCCUGGGACCUAGGAGCAAGCCUGGCCCGAGGCUUGUGGGUUGAAGAGGAAGGCUGGCACUGCACUUCUAGACCACAUGCAUGCCCUCCCCCCGGAGGGGUCACUGGUCUGUUCGCAUACUCACAGACCCCUCUGGGAUGCCACCGAAGCCAGGUGUGUGUGAGGAGGCAGGGCAGAUUCCUUCUCCGGCUUUCUUCUCCCACUACCCCCACCCCAGCGCAAAGAGUUUGUUCUAUUGGUCAGCAAAUAUUCUUAGGCCAGAAUCUUAAAUGUUUCCAUUGUAUAACACUGUGCUCAUUUGUCAACCAAUAAGUAAUUUUAACAGCCCUCUUUGGAUGCAACAAAUGCCUGACAUGUCAUCUUUUAUUUUCUUGAGACAGGAUCUCGCUCUGUUGCCCAGGCUGGAGUGCCAUGGUGCAAUCUCGGCUCACUGCAGCCUCUGCCUCCUGGGCUCAAGUGAUUCUCUUGCCUCAGCCUCCUGAGUAGCUGGGAUUACAGGUGCCCACCACCAUGCCCGGCUAAAUUUUUGUAUUUUUAGUAGAGAUGGGGUUUCGCCACGUUGGCCAGGCUGGUCUUGAACUCCUGACCUCACGUGAUCCACCCACCUCUGCCUCCCAAAGUGCUGGGAUUACAGGUGGAAGGCACUGCACCUGGCCCUGAUGUCUGAUCUGAAUGGUAGGGGUGGUGGGGCAGGCAGUAGUUGUGGGAGUUGACAGUGCUUAGAGGGAAAUUUAUAGCUUUAACCACCUAUGUAAUAAAAGGGGGUCUCAAAUAAAAAAUGUUGGGAUGGGUACAGUGGCUCAUGCCUGUAAUCCCAGCACUUUGAGAGACUGAGGUGGGCAGAUCAUGAGGUCAGGAGAUCGAGACCAUCCUGGCUAACAUGGUGAAUCCCUGUCUCUAUUAAAAAUACAAAAAAUUAGCCAGGCGUGAACUUGGGAGGUGGAGCUUGCAGUAAGCCGAGAUCAUGCCACUGCACUCCAGCCUGGGCAACGAACAAGACUCUUGUCUCAAAAAAAAAAAAAAAAAAAAAAAAUUGUCUUUGACCAGGUGCAGUGGCUCAUGCCUGUAAUCCCAGCACUUUGGGAGGCCAAGGUGGGCAAAUCACAUGAGGUCAGGAGUUUGAGACCAGCCUGGUCAACAUGGAGAAACCUGAUCUCUACUAAAAAUACAAAAAUUAGCUGGGCGUGGUGGCAUGUGCCUGUAGUCCCAGCUACUCGGGAAGCUGAGGCACAAGAAUCGCCUGAACAUGGGAAGCAGAGGUUGCAGUGAGCCAAGAUCAUGCCAUUGCACUCCAGCCUGAGUGACAGAGUGAGACUUUGUCUCAAAAAAGAAAAAAAGUACAAUUCUACCUUAAAUUAGAUUAAAUUAGAAAGCAGAACAAAUGAAACCUAAAGAAAGAUUAGAGAGGAACUUAGUAAACUAGAAAGCAGAAAAACCAAAAGUUAGUUCCUUGAAAAGAUCAACAAAAUUGGCAAACUCUUAGCUAGACUGACUACCAAAAGCAUGAAAGAGGGGACAUCACUACCAAUCCUACAGAAAUGAACAGGACUUGGCCGGGCAGAGUGGCUCACGCCUGUAAUCCCAGCACUACAGGAGGCCGAGGUGGGUGGAUCACUUGAGGUCAGGAGUUCAAGACCAGCCUGGCCAACAUUGCAAAACCCCAUCUCUACCAAAAAUACAAAAAUUAGCUGGGUGUGGGGAUGCAUGCCUGUAUUCCCAGCUACUUGGGAGGCUGAGGCAGGAGAAUCGCUUGAACCCUGGAUGGGGAGGUUGCAGUGUGCUGAGAUCGUGCCACUGCACUCCAACCUGGGCAACAGAGUGAGACCCUGUCUCAAAAAAUAAAUAAAUAAAAAUUAGAGCAUAUAGAAAUGAAUAGGCUGGGUGGGGUGGCUCAUGACUGUAAUCCUAGCACUUUGGGAGGCCAAGCCAGGCGGAUCACCAGAGGUCAGGAGUUCAAGACCAACCUGGCCAACAUGGUGAGACCCUGUCUCUACUAAAAAUACAAAAAUUAGCAGAGCGUGGGGGCACAUGCCUGUAAUCCCGGCUUCUAGGGAGGCUGAGGCAGGAGAAUUACUUGAACCCUGGAAGUGGAGGUUGCAGUGAACCGAGAUCAUGCCACUGCACUCCAGCCUGGGUGACAGAGCGAGACUCCGUCUCAAAAAAGAAGGAAAAAAAAAAAAAAAGGAAAUGAAUAGUAAUGAGCAAACAUCAUAGAAAAUCUAUGGGGAUGCAGUCAAAGUUAUACAUGGAGAGAAACGGAUAACUUCACUUGUUUUUAUUAGUUAGCAUGAAGAAUCAAACCAAUAUAUAAAUUAAGUAUUUAUUUCAACAUUCUAGAAAAACACCUGUAAAAUAAACCCCCCCAAAAAGAUGGAAGGAAAUUAGAAAGUAAAGAGCAGAAAUUAGUUACUUUAAAAGAAAGAGUAGGCUGGGCCUCAAAAAAAAAAAAAAAAAAAAAAAAAGAGUAGAAUUGAUGAAUAAAAUCGAGCUAUUUAAUAGAUAUAGUUGCUAAGAUUUUUCUAGGAAAAAAUUCUGGUAAGUGUGACUGAGAGAAAAGGAGAGAGAAAAAGAAAAUAUGGGACAUUCAGAUGAAGAAUGAAGGUUUAUUCACAGAGAUGAAAAAAGUUAAAAAUUAUAAAAGAAAAUUAUGUGCAAUUGUUUGCCUACAUUUUUGAAAUCUAUAUGGGAUGCUUAUAUGUUACAAACUGUAAAAACCAAUUCUAGAAAAAAUUAAAACCCCAAAUAGACCAAUAACAAAAGAACACAUUGAAAACGUAUCAAAAGCCAUGUCAGGAAAAGACACUUAAUCCAGAUCUUUUUGUGGAUGAGUUCUAUCAAAUGUGGAAGAAUCAGAUAAUUGUGAUUUAAUUUAGACUCUUAGAAAACAAGGCUGGGCACGGUGGCUGACGCCUGUAAUCCCAACAUCUUGGGAGGCUAAGGCGGGAGGAUCCCUUGAGCCCAGGAGUUCAAGACCAGCCUGGACAAUAGUGAGUCCCCCAUCUCUAUAAAAAAACUAAAAAAUUGCUGGGAGACUGAAGUGGGAAGACUGCUUGAACCCAAGAGUUCGAGGCUACAAUGAGUCGGAACCGCAUCACUGCACUUCAGUCUGGGUAACAGAGUGAGACCCUAUCUCAAAAAAAAAAUAAAAAUAAAAAAGGGCAGGGUGUGGUGGCUCACACCUGUAAUCCCAGCACUUUGGGAGGCCGAGGCAGGUGAAUCACGAGGUCAGAAGAUCCAGACCAUCCUGGCUAACACGGUGAAACCCUGUCUCAACUAAAAUACAAAAACAAAAAUUAGCCGGGUGUGGUGGCGGGCACCUGUAGUCCCAGCUACUUGGGAGGCUGAGGCAGGAGAAUGGUGUGAACCCGGGAGGUGGAACUUGCAGUGAGCCGAGAUCGCACCAUUGUACUCCAGCCUGGGCGAGAGCCAGACUCUGUCUCAAAAAAAAAAAAAAAAAAAAAAAAAAAAUUAGCCAGGCGUGGUGGUGGGCACCUGUAAUCCCAGCACUUUGGAGGCCAAGGCGGGUGGAUCACCUGAGGUUAGGAGUUCAAGACCAGCCUGGCCAACAUGGUGAAACCCUGUCUCUACUAAAAUACAAAAAUUAGCCGGGCGUGGUGGUGGACACUUGUAAUCCCAGCUACUCGGAAGGCUGAGGCAGGAGAAUUGCUUGAACCUGGGAGGCAGAGGUUGUAGUGAGCCGAGAUCGAGAUGGUGCCAUUGCACUCCAGCCUGAGUGACACAGCAAGACUCCAUCUCAAAAAAAAAAAAAAAAAAGAGAAACGUUGCAAGGAAAGCACUUGGUGCAGUCUGGGGUAGUCAGUGAUUGUUACGGUUACGCAGGGGUCUGUUUUGUUCAUCGACAGGGAUCCCUGCACCUGCCGUGAGGCCAUGUGUGUCACUCUGAGGCUGCCGGGAGAGCCUCCAGCCAGGAGCCCUGAUGCUGCCUCCUCCAAUGGUUAAGCGGACGCCCUCACUCAGCUCAGGCGCAGGAAGCCAGCACUGCUGAGAGCAGGCAACUGGCUCCGUAGGAGUGAGGAUACUGCUCUGACAGCCACAGAGGCGCACAUGACUCCCCCGUUAGCUCAUCUUCUGUGUGGCAGAUCACCUCUGCCGCCUUCCCGUCUGGGAGCACCUGAGUCACUGUGGUCACGUCUGCAGGCAACAGACAAAGGGUCCCCAUUCGGACAGGGAUGGACACCUGUUUGUCCCGACCCACCCGGUAGGGCCUCAGGGCCACCAUGGUGAGCAGGCUGAAGGGGGGUGACCUCUUAGGAGGACACCAGACUGCUGCACACCUGGACACCGGAGAGAGCUUACCUGUGAUGUCACCCACGUGCUGGGGUGACUCAGUGCUCCUCUCUCGGGUGGAAGUUGCGUUCGGUGCUGCCGCAGUUCCUCCAACGUCUCCAUGGCAACGUUCACACAGAUUUCAUAGAACAUAAGGUGUUUGAGCUGGAAGGGACCUCAGAGAUCGGCUCCUCCUGCCCCCUCAUUUCAUGGAGAGGGGAGCAGGCCCAGACAGGGAAUGCCACAUGCCCAGGGGCACAUAGCAAGCCGGGGACCCCGCGGAGGGCACAGACCGCUGAGCUCCAGAGGAGGGUCUUGGGAGGUGCCCUGGGGGCACAGGCCGUGGCAGCUUUGCCACUCCCUGGCUUGCUAAGAGCCCCUUGAAGUCCAGCCCAGCUCUCUGCUGCUCAGCCACAGAGCUCUCCCUCGAGUGCCUGGCGGGAACAGGAGUAGGCAGGACAGGGCCCUGUCCUCAGGAGGCUCCCAGGCUGCUACAGCGGCCAUGCAGCCGCCGGGGAAGGGCUGGAGAGCAUCCAGGGAGCCAGAAGUGGGGCAGGAGGAGCCAGGGCAGGCUCCCUUGAGGGUGGGGCUCCAGGCAGAGUCUGGAAGCCUGAGGAGGCCUGACUCGUGCCUGCGCCCCCUCUCCUGGCACACAAGGGCCAGCCCGAGGGCCCCACUCUGGGGGCAGAGUGUAGGGAAGAGACUGGAAAAUGGGGGCCAGAAAGAGACUGUCCUGAUCCAUGGCUCCCAGGGGUCAUUUUGGCUGGGGGCUCACAGCACACAUCCUUCCAGACACCCAGGACAGUCAGAAGGAACCGGCAGGAGUUAGAGGGCACGGUGUAAGGAUGCCAGGGGGCCGGGCCGUCAGAGGGUAACAGGAGCGAAAGUCCCAGAGCAAGGCCCCAAGGAGACCCAGGGCGCUCUCUCCCCUCGAGGACAGGAACCCAUGGAGACCUUCCGCUCCCUGGCAGAGCCAGCUCUGCACCAGAAGGGUGCGGGGCUGUAGCACCCCUCCCAGGGGAACACGGACCUCACUCUCCGCCCCCAGCUCCCAGGGCCCAUCUCAAACUUGGACCCUGUCUCAGGGACCUGCCCUGGCCCACAGGACUCCUCUGUUCUCCAGUUCUGAAGAUGCCAAGAAUCCGGACAUCCCAAGGCCUCCCUGCUGAACUUUCCCACCAUGCCGGCCCCUGCCUUGCCCUCGCUGGCCCCCGCCUUGCCCUUGCUGGCUGCCUGUUCUAGUUUUAUUUGUUGUUGUUGUUGUUUUUUGAGAUGGAGUCUUGUUCCGUCGCCCAGGCUAGAGUGCGGUGGUGCGAUCUCAGCUCACUGCAAGUUCCCCCUCCCAGGUUCACACGAUUCUUCUGCCUCAGCCUCCCGAGUAGCUGGGACUACAGGCGCCCGCCACCACACCCGGCUAAUUUUUUGUAUUUUUAGUAGAGACAGGGUUUCACUGUGUUAGCCAGGAUGGUCUCGAUCUCCUGACCUCGUGAUCUGCCUGCCUCGGCCUCCCAAAGUGCUGCUGGGAUUACAGGCGUGAGCCACCGCGCCCGGCCUUUUUUUUUUUUUUUUUUUUUUGAGACCAAGUUUCGCUCUUGUCGCCCAGGCUGGAGUACGAUGGCGCGAUCUCAGCUCACCACAACCUCCGCCUCCUGGGUUCAAGCGAUUCUCCUGCCUCAGCCUCCUGAGUAGCUGGGACUACAGGCGCCAGCCACCACACCUGGCUAAUUUUGUAUUUUUAGUAGAGACAGGGUUUCACCAUGUUGGCCAGGCUGGUCUCAAACUCCUGGCCUCAAGUGAUCUGCCUGCUCAGCCUCCCAAAGUGCUGGGAUUACAGGCGUGAGCCACCACACCUGGCCUCUUUCACCAAUUUAAUAGCUGCUUAUGGAGGCCCAGAGCUGGCUGCUGGGGACAGCAGUUGACCAAGACAAGCUGCUUCCUGUGCCCGGAGAGCUUACACUCCAGAGGGUGAAACAGAUGGCAAACACAGCAACCAAGAGACAUAAUGAUCAAAGAUUCCGAGGCCUGCUGGAAGCCAAGAGAGGGGUCUAUGAUGCAGGCACCCAGAGCUCCCCAUUUUCAAGAGAAACCAGAGACUUGGAUUUAUCCCCAGGCGUGCACAGCAGGCAGAAGCUGUGGGGGAGAUCGCCGCGCCCGCUGUGUCCUCCCGGUGACCAGCUGUCACCUGAGCCCAGGGCGCCUGCCCCAGCAGCCUGGUGUGUUUGCCAAGCCAGGGCUGGAGCUUCCUGGACCCGCCUACCCUGGAGGGGAUGGAGCAGUGAAGGGCACCGGGCCAAGCGCUAGGCAUCUGGGGCUAAGGAGACAGAAGCCCGCGGUGCCCGUCCAUGCGGGCCCUCUGCCCCAGCACCCACAUCUCAGGACACCCCUUCCUCCCAGGAAGAAGACCCCCAAGAGCAAAGGGGCCAGCACCCCCGCUGCCUCCACGCUGCCCACCGCCAACGGGGCCCGACCGGCGCGCUCCGGGACUGCGCUUUCCGGCCCCGACGCGCCGCCCAACGGGCCCUUGCAGCCCGGCCGGCCCUCGCUUGGCGGCGGUGUCGACUUCUACGACGUCGCCUUCAAGGUCAUGCUGGUGGGGGACUCGGGCGUGGGGAAGACCUGUCUGCUGGUGCGAUUCAAGGACGGUGCUUUCCUGGCGGGGACCUUCAUCUCCACCGUAGGCAUUGACUUCCGGCAGGGUCUCACUCUGUCGCCCUGGCUGGAGUGCAGUGGUGAUCAUGGUGGACUGCAACCUCCAACUUCUGGGUUCAAGCCAUCCUGAGUCUUUCAAAUUAGCAAAAAGAGCUACUGGGAAGGCUGAGGCAUUGCAGCUCGUUAGUUCCUGCACCCAUGUGCAGAUGAGGAAACCGAGGCAGUGUCA